UGUGCUACGAAGGUCAUGGCGUUGAGGCUGGUACUGUGAAUUUCUUUCUUGCCGAGAGUGGGAUUAUACAGCAUUUUCGAAGCAUGCACCGUAGCAUUGCUGUUGACGAUGAAAUGCAGAGGAAGUGCAAGGAACUUUUCGAACAACUGCAUGGGCAAGAGACUGCCAAGGUUGUAGAGCAAUUAUCUGCCCUUCGUUUACAGCAGCAGAAGGAUAACAGUGCAUCCCAUUGUUAUUCUAUGUUUACUGUAACAUAUGAGACCAAUCAGACAGUGUCAAGCGAAGCAUCGAUGGAUAUUGUGGCAAGAAAUGAACGAGAAGCGACAAAAUUAUAUGGCUUGGUACUAAAAGAUCAAGGGAUCCUAAAGCCUCUGGGAUGUGUGCCUUGUAUAAUCACUGUGAAACCAUACAAAUGCGACAAACGAGGACAGUCGUAUAAAGUCUGGGGCAAUGAUGAUAAAAUAUAUGUUGAAUGUUUCAUACCUGGCAAUAAGAUGAAUUUACUCAACAGUGACAGAACUCAACCACUCCAGCAACCACAACCAGUUAUGGCAAAUUCAGUUGGAAAGUUUAGUCUUUUUAAAACCCCACUGGAAGUUUUGAGAUCUGUUUUUGGAUAUGAAGACUUUCGGCCCAAACAACUUGAAUCGAUUGAACACAUUGUCUCGGGAGAGGAUGUUAUUGUUGUUAUGCCAACUGGAGGUGGGAAAACAGUCAUUUAUGCAAUACCAAGUCUGAUUUUGCCAGGUAUGGCUGUGGUUAUAUGUCCUUUAAUGAUGCUAAUGUGUGACCAGGUGGCCAGACUACGACGUCUUGGUAUUAAUGCUUGUUACUAUAAUACAAUGCUAAGUGACAAUGAACGACAAAACAUUAUUCACAACCUUGUGCAACCAGAUUGUCAAUAUCAGUUUGUGUUUAUAAGUCCAGAAGCUGCCACAAGUUCUCAGUUUCAAAGCUGUUUACACAACUUAUCUCAAAAGAAAAAAAUUAACCUAUUUAUAAUUGAUGAAGCACAUUGUGUGGACACAUGGGGGUGCAACUUUCGCCCAGCUUAUCAGCAGUUGGGUAUCCUGAAGAAUUAUGGUGUACCAAUUGUUGCUCUCACUGCAACAGCAACAAAUAAAACAUUAGUGACAAUUGCUGAAGUACUACGUAUGCCAAAGCACACUGUUGUGAAAAUGAGUUGUAGACGAAAUAAUUUAUCAUUUUCUGUCAUUCCAAAGAAAGAAACUAAAGCAAAGAAUCAAGUGUGUGAAUUGAUCUUGGGGGAAUUUAACAAUUCAUGUGGUAUAAUUUAUUGUGCAAGACAAGCUGAUGCUGUUGAAAUGGCUUUUGAACUGAAGAGUCAUGGUAUUUCUGCUACAUUUUACCAUGCAGGAAUGGACAGCAGAGAUCGAAUGGCAAAUGCUACCUUGUGGCUAGAAGAUAAAGUGCAUGUGAUUUGUUGCACUAAUGCAUUUGGGAUGGGUAUAGAUAAAAAAGGUGUUCGAUUUGUGAUACAUUUGACGAUGCCUUCAUCAUUGGAAGAUUUUGCACAAGAAUCUGGAAGGGGUGGUCGUGAUGGUUAUACAUGUACAUGUGUGUUGCUUUUCCGUUUCGAGGACAGAUCAUUCCACCUUCGCAACAUCUCUCUUACAGCUACAAGUUCUGCCAAGCUUUUGCAACUGAAUAGCAUAACAGAAUUUUGCCUCCAAGACCAACAGUGUAGACAAGAAUUUCUGGCCAAUUAUUUCCAAGAACCUUCAGGGGAACCUUGCAAUACUUGUGACAUUUGCCAAAAGUGCAUGUCUUAUGAACAGCAGAAAAGUGAUUGCACAAUACAUGCAAUAAGUGUUAUCCAAUGCCUCACCAGUUUAAUUGUUUUGCAACCAAAAGUUAAACUUUCUGAAUUAGUUAUGACUUAUAUGGGGUCAAGAGCCAAAGAGAUUGUGACUAAGAAUUUUUAUAAUGGUUUAAAUGUGGUCAUUACUUUAUAUACUACAACUCUCUGAAAAAACAUAAGAUACAGUACAGAUAUAUUGUUCAACUCUAUAGCAUAUACUAUGUACAUGCAUUAUAAAUGAAAAACAGAAAAUAUCAGAAAUAAGCAUAUUGAAGUUUUCAAACAACAUGUACAGUACAUCCUUUAGGAGAAAUAAUUUUGCAGCCCUAGAAAUUUAUCGACAUA